ACCUAGGUAGUGGUGAUGAUGGUUAGUUAUUGUUUGAUUGAUGAUGUUUUGUUUUUGUCGUCGUUUGAAUUUAAAGAUUGAAUAUUUACCAAUUACCAUGUAGCCGAAGCCGGCACCCCCGGCAGGUGAAGCGAGGACGCUAGCAGGGCUAGGAUCAUCAAAGCUUCAGAAUUGUGGGGCUGGUCUUUAUCUUAUCGAGUAUUUUCUCUUAUCGACAGAAAAUUAAUUGAGCAAUUAGAAUCCGAACCAUUCAAUUUUUCUUAGAGGGGCGACAGAAAGGUCCGUGAUGUGAUCAUGGUUCGACAGCUGACUCAAUUGAUAUUUAUGAUGAUGAAUCGACGAUAAACUGCAGAUCAAAUCCAUUAAUCCUCCAAAAUCCAAAAAAUGCCUCCAAGGUGCUCACCAAGUUCAGGGCUAUUCCUCCCAUUCCUCUACCCCUCGCUCUUCCGAACCGUCUCGUCAUCCCGCCGCAUAAUAACAACAAUACAUCGAGCAACCAUCACAACCACCACCACCAGCACCACUACUACCACCACUACCAUACAUAAUCCCUCCUCUUCUCCCUCCACCACCAUCCAAAAUGCCACCGACCUCUCCUCCUCGAGCGACACCAUCCCCCACUCCCGCCUGAACCCCGCCCCCGACGACUAUGCCCUUACAGCCUUCGCCGACAAGGCCCGCAUAACCGUGCACGCCGGCGGCGGUGGCCACGGCUGUAUCUCCUUCCUGCGUGAGGCCUACCAGCCCGACGGCCCCGCAAAUGGCGGAGACGGUGGCCACGGCGGCAACGUGUACAUCCAGGCCGUGCACGGCGAGACCUCUUUACACAAGCUCGCGCGCCGUCGCGUCUUCCGCGCCGGCAGAGGGAAAUCCGGCCAGGGCGGCAACCGCGGCGGCGCUCGCGGCGAGGACGUCAUCAUCCAGGUGCCCGUUGGGACCGUGAUCCGCGAGCUCGAGCGCGUGGAUCCUGUCGUCGCCGAAAACCAGCGGUUCCGCGAGGCGCGCGAGCAGGAACGGGAGUACAAGCGGUUGGCACGGGAAGCUGAGGCGGCCAUCGAGGAGGCGGGCGGAGGAGAAGGAGGCGAAGGGGCAGACGAGGGCGUGGAAGAGGCAAUCCGCGCCAAGCUGCCCGAGGAGCCCGACAACCCGCAUCUGCACAAGUUCCUGCUGUACCCGGGCAUAUCGAGCAUGGAGCGCCGCUCGGUCACGCUGCCCCGCUUACCGCGGCGCGAGCGCCUGUACGUGCAGCCCGAGGCCCCAAUCCAGCUAGACCUAUCCUCACCAACACCGCGGCCCAUUCUCCUCGCCACCGGCGGCGUCGGGGGGCUCGGAAACCCGCACUUCGUGUCCAUAGACCGACCACGCCCGCUAUUCGCGACCAAAGGCGAAGAAGCAAUCAGCCUGCGCUUCGAGCUCGAGCUCAAGCUCCUCGCGGACGUCGGACUCGUCGGCCUACCGAACGCCGGAAAAAGCACCCUCCUCCGCGCGCUGACGAACAGCCGCGCGCGCGUCGGCAACUGGGCCUUCACAACACUACAGCCCAACAUCGGCACCGUCGUGCUCGACAACCACAAGGGCCGCCCCAUCCCCACGCCCAAGCCCGCGCGCCCCGCCCCCCACGCCGUGAUCCGCGACGCCGCGUACGGCUCCGUCGUGAUCGCGCAGCCCGAGCAGAUCGCAGGAUCAGGAGGCCCCGAGCCGCGCACGCGCUUCACCGUCGCCGACAUCCCCGGCCUAAUCGAGGGCGCGCACCUCGACCGCGGCUUGGGCAUCGCCUUCCUGCGCCACGUCGAGCGCGCCGGCGUCCUCGCCUUCGUCGUCGACCUCAGCGCCGGCGAAGCCGUCACCGCCCUCAAAGCCCUCUGGACCGAAGUCGGCCUCUACGCCCGCAUGCGCGAGGACGAGGAGAAGGAGCGCGAAAUCGAGAGCCGCAUCGACUGGGAGGGCGACGGCGCCAGCCGCAGGGGCUACGGCGGCACGCAAAUGAUGCUCGCAGACAACUACGACAAUGUCGACGGCCAGCACCAGGGGGGCCUGCACAUCGCCGCGAAGCCGUGGUUCGUCGUCGCCACCAAGGGCGACCUGCCCAACACCCAGGACAACUACGCCCGGCUGCAGGCCUACCUCGACGCCGUCACCGACGGCCAGGAGCCGCACCCGAGCGGCGUCGAGGGCGCCUGGGUCGCUGACUGUGCUGCUGUGCCCGUCAGUGCCAUCAACAAGCACGGCGUCGAUCGCAUUCUGCAUUGGACUGUUGGGUUGUUGGAUGGGUAGGUAGGUAGGUAGGUAAAUAGAUAGACUAACAUGGGCCAGAGAGAUAAGUAAAUACGGGAAGGGGGGCAUUGGAAAAAAAAAAAGGGAGGAAGAAAAAAAAGAAGGCAUAAUAUAGCUAGGUUAGAUAGUUAUACAUAUAUAAUAAUAUACAUUUAAGCAUUGAAU